AUGGCCUCCCGCCCCACCGUUAACGUGCGCUCGACCUCUGGGGAGGCAUCGAGCUCCCUUCCCUUGCCUGCGGUCCUUACCGCACCCAUUAGGCUUGAUGUUGUUCAGCAAGUCCACAAGAGUAUCGCAAAGAACAAGAGGCAGGCGUACGCAGUGAGCGAGAAGGCUGGUCACCAAACUAGUGCUGAGUCGUGGGGUACUGGUCGUGCUGUUGCUCGUAUUCCCCGUGUCGGCGGUGGAGGAACCCACCGCUCUGGCCAGGCUGCUUUCGGUAACAUGUGCCGUGGUGGUCGCAUGUUCGCGCCCACUAAGACCUGGCGGAAGUGGCACGUAAAGGUCAACCAGGGCCAGCGCCGCUUCGCUGUCGUCUCCGCUCUCGCUGCGUCUGCGCUCCCCUCGCUUGUCCUUGCCCGUGGCCACCGUAUUGAGGAGAUCGAGGAGGUCCCCCUCGUCGUCGCGUCCGCUGUCGAGUCCUUCGUGAAGACCAAAGAGGCAGUUGCCCUCCUCAAGUCCCUCAAAGCGUAUACCGAUGUUGUCAAGGUCUCCAACUCACGUAAGCUUCGUGCGGGCAAGGGUAAGCUGCGGAACCGUCGCCACCGCCAGCGCCGCGGCCCGCUCGUUGUGUACAACGAGGACAAUGGCAUCGUCAAGGCGUUCAGGAAUUUGCCUGGUGUUGAGCUCGUGAACGUCAGGAGACUGAACCUGCUCCAGCUCGCCCCCGGUGGUCAUCUUGGCCGCUUUGUUAUCUGGACCGAGGGUGCCUUUGGGCUCCUGGACGAGGUUUUCGGCACCUUCGAUAAGGCAGCAGUUUACAAGAAGAACUUUGUCCUUCCCACCGCGAAGAUCAGCAACCCUGACGUCACCCGCUUGAUCAACAGCGAUGAGAUUCAGGCUGUCGUCCGUCCCGCGAACCCCAAGCACCAAAAGCGCCCCUGGACGCAACACAAGAACCCCCUCGUUAACAAGGGUGUUCUCUUCCGCUUGAACCCCUACGCCAAGACCAUCCGCAGGCACGAACUCCUCAAGCAAGAGCGCGUGAAGGCACAGAAGGACAAGAAGAAAGCCAAGGCAUCCAAAGCUGCCGGCGAGAAGUUCCUGACCACUCUGUUCGCUCCGUGA